ACUGAGAGAGAGAGAGAGAGAGAGACAUACAGAAAAAGGGGGCGACAUUAGCUCGAAUGCUUUCGAAGAAAGAGAGUGCAAGUAACGUUGAACCAAUCAUUCUUUAAUCGCACAUUUCUUAUCGCGGUUCCGGCAAUCCGGCGCGAGAAAGAUACGCAGAAGUAGAAAUUCGUUAUUCUUAUACGUUAUAACAUCGCUACGUUCGUAACGUCCGUAAAGCAUCUAACUGAAGGAUCGAAGAUAUUUUCAAACAGGAUCAGAUAUGUAUAAAAAAGACGAGAUGGUGUAUUUUGAUGCCGAUAAGGAUACCGAACCGGUUUUUGAUAGGAUGGACACAGAGUAUACAAUAUAUGUGAAUAGUUUGCCACUAGAGUUAGAUGAGGUUGCUAUUAAAGAAGUUUUUAAUCAGUAUGGUAAAAUUAGUGGAAUAUUCUAUCCUCGUAAUGCCACAUGGGCUUAUAUUACAUAUAAAUCAUAUCGUGAAGCAGAACAUGCUAUACGGGAACUCAAUAAUAAAAAACCACUAUAUUUAAAAGUUGUACUUGCAAAAGAAAGAUCUGUUAUAAGGGAGGAGACAUUGCCAAAAUCAUAUGUAUUGGAAUCUUUUGAAGGAAGACCAAAAGCAAUAGAUACUCUCACAGAACUACCUGUGUCUAUUCACAAUGAUAUGAAACACCAAAAUGGUAUGGGUCGUGGCCAAACAUUGAAUGCACUUCGUAAGCAUUCUGCACCACAAAUGUUAGAUAGAUAUGCAGAGAAUGCAUCUUUAUUUCCACAAACAUCUAAUCUUUAUGAAAUCGAAGAACCUAUUGUGAACACAAAUAGAUUAUGGACAAGAGGUGUAAUAACUGUCACAGAAGAUGGACGAAAACAUGUAUCACUUGGACGUGGUUAUAUACUACAUGAAUUUCCAGAGCAGAACCCUAAAGUUGAAGAAUGUAUUGUACAUGUACUUGAAAAACGACAGAAAGGAUUAUAUGAAUUUGGAGAGAACAAAUUUAAGAAUGGAGUACAAAGAUGCCAUAUUUGUUCUAAUAAAACAAGCAAACAUUGUGAAAAAUGUAGCACAUAUUAUUGUAGCAAAGUGUGUCAAAAAAAGGAUUGGCCAAGACAUCAAGUUGAAUGUCAACAGAUACCAAGUUUAGUGGAAGAAUCAAUUAAUGAUAUGUCAUUAUUGCAAAUUAGCAAAGAUGAAAACCAAAUGAAGAUAUCACCAAUGUCAAAUAAAACAAGUAUACCUAAUGAGGUAAAAUUACGACGACCUAAUGCCAUGCAAGUGGAGAAUUCAAACAGCACAAAUGCUAAUAUUAAUAUGCAUAAGAAUAAUGUAGAGAUUACAAACUGUUCUACUGAUAGUGAUAUUAACAAUCAGGAUAAACAUAUGUCUAUUCGACAUGAUAAUAAUACUAAUAUAUCUUAUACUAAGACAUUAAAUGAACAAACAUUAAGUGCACUGAAUACCAAAGAUUUUUCUAAACAAAAUCCAUUGCAGAGAUGUAAUAAUACUAAAGAGGAUACUGAGAAAUCAAGAAAAAAUGAUGAAUAUUCUUUGACAACAUCUAAUUUCACUAACCAAAAUCACAGUCAUUGUACUGGUGCCAUAAAGAAGACUAGUCCUCGUAAUGGAAAAUUCGAUAAUAAUAGCAGUUUAAAAAGCAAAAGUUAUAUUAAUGAUAGAAGUCAAUCUUAUCAAAAGAAUGAAUUGCAGAAUAACAGAAAAUCUACUGCCUACAACGACAGAGAAUUUGUUAAUAGACAAGAAAGUAACUCUUCGAACAAUGGUAUCACGAUGGAUGACGAUCUAUCUUUUUGUAAGAAUAUGUAUUUAUCAAAAACAGAAUUUACAGAAGUAGAAAUUUCAAUAUCAUUGGACAAUGGCGAGUAUUGGAUAUCCACAUUAAAAGAUUCGGAGACGCGCACGAAACUAAUGACGGAAUUACAAAGUGUUGCAAAAAAAUCACGUAAUGUACAACCGAUUAUCGGUAAUAUUUAUGGCGUACUUUAUGAAACUCUUUGGCACAGAGUUAUGAUAAUAUCCCUGAAUCCUUUAAAAGUUCAUUUUAUUGAUUAUGGUAACGAUGAAAUACUGCAAAAAGACACUGAGAUCAGAGAUAUCUCAUAUAUGAUUAAAGUUCCUAAUCUUGCUAGAAAAAUUCGCUUGACAUCACCUGCAAAUGAAAAAUACAAUUUCCAAUGUGGCGAGAUAAUUUUUAUUAAAAUGUUGUCCAUAGAUGCUGAGAAAACAAUAAUAGUAGAUGUGAAAGAGCAAUCUAGAAAAUUAUCUUUACAUUUGGAAAAUGCUUCAAAUACGAAUAAUACAGUGGAGAAAUUUGUACAACAAGAAAACUUAAAAGUAUUAGAUGAAAAUGUAAAACCUAUGGAUCAGACACCACAUACUAUCUUAGAUGCUUUUGCUGAUUUGUUUAGUAAAAAAGCAACUCCGGAAUUAAAAAUUGAAGGUCACAUUCAAAUUUGUGAAUCUGUCCAAGAGAAUGUUUAUAGUGCAACUUUGGGUGUUGAAGAUUUUACUACUGAAAUCGAGAUGAUUUUCAAUGACUUGCAAGAAGAAUGCAUGAAAAUGCAAGAAACUGUGCAUUACAAUCCACAAGAUUUGAUUUGUGGUGAAGGGAAAAGUGCCUGGUGUAGAGGAUAUAUCUUAUCAUCUUCGACAUCAUCUGAUUUACGUAUCAUUGCAAUAGAUGAAGCUAGAUAUAUGAAUGUAAACAAAAUUUUACCAUGUCCUAAAAAGUUUUUAAAUAUUUGUGCUAUUGGAGUAAUAUGUGAAGUAAGCCAUCCCAACAAAUUGACAGUGGAAGAAGUAUAUGAAUUCACAACAAUCAUGAAUGAACAAAACUACAAGCAAGACAAUCUUAAAAUAAAAAUAUUUAAAGAAUCUGAAUUUGUAUGUGAAGCUAUGAUGAAGUCUUGGAAAUUUAUGAUAAGAUCGUCGUUUCCUGCAUUUUCCGAAAUAAAAAGUGGAUCUAAGAUAUGUCUUACCAGUUAUCGAAAUCAUUAUCAAGUGUUUGUGCGUUCUUUGGAUGAAGAGGCAGUAGAAUAUUAUAAUAAUAUUAUGCAACGUGUUGCAGAAUGCGCACGAACGGCACCGUUUCUAUCCAAUCCUCCAUAUAAUAAACAAACAAUUAUCGCUCCAUUCUCUGAUAACAAUAGUUAUCGCGCAUUGGUCAUAAACACACAGAAUGAUAAGGCUAAAAUAGUAUAUACAGAUUUUGGAAAUGUAGACAAUGUUAACAUAAAAGAUCUUCAAGUUUUGCCAGAAACCUUGGCACUGCAACGAAGUUGUUCAGCAAAGAUAAGUUUGAAAAAUGUCCCUUCUGAAGUUUCUAUGAAUACAGAAGUAGAUCUUUUCCUUCGCGAGUUAGUAGGCAACGAAACACCUCUGACAUGUAUAUAUGAGGGUGAUCCAUUGAAAGAUGGGGUUUACUUGACGAUGCCUACAGGAGAAAGUGUUAAUGAUAAGAUAAACCAAUUAUUGAUACCAACUUGGAAGCAAAAAGACUAUUGUGAUAACAAUUGUUACAUGCUAGACAAUAUAGAAUUUGCCAGUUUAGGACAAGUGGGCGAUACGUUAGAUGCAGUGAUAUUAGAUACACCAAAAGAAAAUGAUGGCACAAGAUAUAUGAUGUGUCCCAACAAUAUCGAGUUAUAUACUUAUAUUAGUGAAACGAUGCCCAAAUUGUUAAGAGAAUAUUGCGAGAAAACGGAAUAUUAUAUACCUAGAGAACAGGAAUUGUGUUUGGCACUGUAUCAGAAUGAGUGGUAUCGUGCAGCAUGCCUUGAUCCAAAAAAAUCAUAUACCACAGCUGAAGUUUUUUACAUUGAUUAUGGUAAUAUAGAAACAGUGGAACAUAGGAAUAUAAGGUUAAUGCCUAAAGAUUUCAUUACGCCUGAGGCAAUGUCGAAUAUAUGUACAGUUGUCAAUUUGGCACCUGUCGACAAUGCAGGCAACUAUUCACCUAUCAUACGAGAAAAAGUACUAGAAUUAAUACAAAAAAAUUAUCCCAUUAUCAAAAUUAAAAUUGUGGAGUGUGACAGUGGAGAUUACAAAAUCGAAUUACCGGAUAUUAAAAAUGCAUUAAUAGAAGAAGGUCUCAUACCACCUUCGUAAAAAUUUUAUUUUUUACUUGCAUAUAUUAUUAAGGAUUAUAUGCCAGGAUUAUCCCAAGAUUAAGAUUUUAUUGUUUUUAUUUUAAAUCGUUAUAUUGAUUUAAUUGACAAUUAUUAUCUAUUUUAAACUGUGGACAAUCAUAUACUCAAUGCGCGAGCGUCAUUUUUUAUUUUGUAUUUUCAAUUUAUCAUCAUGUUUUUGCAUUUUUAAACAAGUGAUUGUUUUAUUUUUUCAUGAAUACAUUUAAUAUAGUAUCUGUUUAUAUAAUUUCAUUAUCUUAAUAUCUUUUCUGUGCAACUAUCUGAUUAAGUAUGGAAAAGUUUUGCAACUUAAUAAAAUAUUAAUUUUGUUAAUA